AUGAAGACAAGGCUGCUCCGCGUCAUGUCUGCUUGCUUCAACGGUCUUUGUAUGAGCUCAAGCAGGCUCUCCGUGCGUGGUUUUACCGGUUACACACCUAUCUGGUUUUUGUUGGCUUCGUGUCGUCCAAGACUGACGUUUCUCUGUUCGUCUAUUCUCAAGGUGAUGUUCAGUUAUAUUUUGGUGUACGUUGAUGACAUCUUAGUCAUGGGUUCUGAUCCGGCUCGGGUUGCUGGCCUUGUUGACAUGUUGGCAUUAGAGUUCAAGGUUCGAGACAUGGGUGCUCCGACCUUUUUCCUUGGCAUUGAGACUGUUUCGUUGUCGGAUGGUAUGCUUCUUUCGCAGCGCCGCUAUAUGAAUGACAUCCUUAAACGAUCUGGCAUGGUUGACUGUAAACCGGUGUCCACGCCUGUGUCUCUUGUGAAGUCGGAUGUCUCGGAAGUCCCCUAUGCUGAUCCUACGCAGUAUCGUAGUCUGGCUGGUGCUCUUCAGUAUCUUACGGUGACUCGUCCGGAUUUGUCUCACGCUGUUAACCUGUUGUGUCAGCAUAUGCAUGCGCCCACAACAGCCCACUGGUGCAUGCUCAAGCGGGUCAUUCGGUAUGUCAAAGGUACUCUGCAUUAUGGCCUCCAUGUUACGAAGUCCUUGUCUAGUGAACUUCACGCUUUUUUGGAUUCAGAUUGGGUUGGUAAUCCUGAUGAUCGGAAGUCUACAAGCGGCUUUGCGGUGUAUUUUGGGAAUAAUCUUGUGUCUUGGUCGUGCUGGAAGCAGCGCACGGUGGCUCGGUCAUCCACAGAAGUUGAAUACAAGGCUCUAGCGGAUGUGACUGCAGAGGUGACUUGGCUUGUGUCUCUUCUGAAAGAAAUUGGUAUGCUUGUCCGGUCCGUUCCACGGUUAUGGUGUGACAACUUAGGCGCCACGUAUCUGUGUGCGAACCCGGUAUUUCAUGCUCCCACGAAACAUGUGGAAAUUGACUACCACUUCGUGCGGGAUAAGGUGGCUAAGAAGGAACUUCAGGUUCACUUCAUCUCUACAAAGGAUCAGUUGGCUGACAUCUUCACUAAGCCUCUUUCGUCUUCUCGUUUUACUUUUUUGCGUUCCAAGCUCAAGGUGCUUGGUCACCCCUGA